AUGAUUCCUAUCGUCGGACGAAAGAACAUGCCUGAGGAUAGGCGUGAGAAUGAGACCUCACGAUACGAUGAGUUGCUGCGCGCAACGUGUAAGCCCUUCAGUGAGAUCAGCGCAGCCGGGCCCGAAAAGUCACCGGAUUCCGUCCUCACUAGUCUCGCCCAGCUGGCAACUUGCCAGACAAAAACUGAGCGCUCGUUUGUAUCUUUUUUCGACGAGAAGAGGCAGUACAUAGUCGCCGAAGCAACACCCUCCACGUCGCUACUAAACAGCUCAUCGUUACACAACAGCGACGAUGAUCUCUUACUCUGCGGGACCUACAUCCCCCGUGCCGAUGGCGCCUGUCACUAUGCUCUACGUGCUACCGAGGAGGCACUGGAUGCUUCUUCCUCGCAAGAGCUGCCGGUAAUUGUUGUUCAAGACUUAGCCGCAGAUCCAAGAUUUGCAGCUAGUCCCAAUUGCCGUCCAGGCAGUUUCGCCAGGUUUUACGCCUCUGUGCCAAUACGGUCUCCUCGGGGCAUCAACAUUGGUGUCUUGUGCGUCAUGAACUCUACGCCUGGCGGUAACUGGGAAGAUAGACACUCAAAUGUCAUGUGGGGACUGUCGCAGACUAUCAUGGACCACCUUGAAGGUAACCGAAUAAAGCAUUCGUUAAAGCGCAGCACAGCGAUGAGCCUUGGGCUCCAGAGAUUCACUGAGAGGGGGUUGAACUCGCCUGUUCAGAAAUCGCAUCUCACCUCAGAACCCCAUGCCAGCGAAACUCCAGCACGUCAAGAUAAUGAAGAUACCUCCGCUACACAGUCUGUUUCCCUGGAGACCCCAAAAUACCAACAGAAAGAUCACACAUCCUCUAAUCCAUUUCUCAUCGCCGCCACCAUCAUCAAAGAAGCUCUCCCUGCAGACAACUGCGCCUUUUUCAGCGGAGACUCUCGGGACCUUCAUUUAGUCCACUCACCAGAAGCAGAAACUCAGUACGACUUCUCCCUCGAUGCAUCUUGCCUAAGCCCAGGCGUCUACAGCAAUGCGAGCGUCAAUGAUACCCCUACUGCCACCAAAUUCCAACCCUCUUGCCAGUUGCUUGGAUCCUCCUAUGCCCUCGGCUCCAACGACACCAAGGACGCUAACAAUAUCUCACAAGUAUUUCUAUCUCACAUGCUUCAACAAUACCCCGAAGGUUGCAUAUUCGACUUCGACACACAAGGCUCAUUCACCCAUGAUAUGAAUCGCUUUGCCUCAGCAUCGGGAGAACAACCAUUACCAUCAAGCAUCUGUUCAAGAAACGAACAACACAGCUACGAACAGCGGGAACUACAAAGGGCUUUCAAUGGAGCCCGAUAUGUAGCAUUCAUACCUAUCUGGGAUCCUCUCAAGGGCCUGGUUUCCAUCGGCGGCUUUGCGUGGUCAAAAGCACCACGCCGUGAGUCCGACAAAGACAGCGAACUGCCCUUCUUCAGGGCUCUCGGAAUUUUGGCGGCAUGCGAAGCCUUUCAAAUAGAGACAUUGGCAGCCGACAAGGCCAAGUCAGACGUUCUGGGCUCGAUAUCGCACGAACUACGCUCUCCCCUUCACGGAAUCACGCUUGGCCUUGAACUGCUGAACGACUCUGGCUUAGGUGCAGCGCAGCAGAACAUAGCUCACUUGAUCGGUACAUGCUGCCGUACCCUCCUUGACACGACAGAGCAUCUACUGGAUUUUACCAAAGUCAAUCAACUGGUCGGGGCAGAUACUAUAAACGACGGCCGUUCAGAGAGUUCCACGAUCAGCACUGUGCCCUCGAAUCGGGAGCAGAUCAUGAAUAAAGCUGUUCGCCUGGACCAGAUCGCUGAAGAUGUGGUAGAGAGCGUUUAUGCUGGCCACAGCUAUCAGCACGCAUCGAUCGCUCACAUCUUCAAUUCAUCCAAUAGCCCAACGAGUGCCGAUGUCAGCGCCAUUCGACGGAUGGACUCCAUAGAAGCCGCAGAGGCAAAGGCCAUUAAUCAAAGGAACCGGCCACAAGAUGGUGACGUGUCCGUCUUUUUACUCUACGAUCCAACGCUAUCCUGGAGCUUCCAAACGACGGCCGGUGCGAUCCGCCGAAUUAUUAUGAACCUUCUCGGAAACUCACUCAAGUACACAUUUCAAGGCUUCAUCAAGGUCACCAUGGCUCAGUCGCAACCAGACGAUGCAAUCGGAGGAGAUCGCGUGGUCGAACUGGUAGUCGAAGACACAGGUCGGGGAAUCAGUGAGGACUUUCUUCGCAAUAACAUCUUCAAACCUUUCUCUCAAGAGGAUCAAUUAUCCAGUGGAACGGGCUUGGGGCUCAGUUUCGUUCAGAGGAUGACGUACCAGCUUGGAGGCACAAUAUCCAUCAGCAGCCAAGUCGACGUGGGCACCAAAGUCACAGUGUCGAUACCAAUGCUGCAAGGCACAAGCUCUCCAGCAUCCGAGUUUGCGGCCUACACACAGAGCCCAUGCCACGGCCUGCGCGCCAGACUGACCGACCCGCUUCCGAGUCCUGGAGCUGCUCUUCAGCAUGAGUCUAUGACUUGUCAAGCCUUGAUGAAUGAGCUGUGCUUUGAACAUCUUGGCAUGGUAUCGGACGCGUCACCAGAGGCGGAGCGGCUAGCUCCAGAUAUUGUUGUCGUGCAGGAUCCCUCAACGAGAAACAUUUCAGAACUAGCGCAGUCAUGGCCCGACGCACCGGUGCUGGUGGUUUGCAACAACGCACUUGUCGUUCAAAGAUACGAGUCAGCACACGUAUCGACUGGAUACGCCAGAUUAUGUGACUAUAUUGCGCAACCCCUGACUCCGAACAAGCUAGGAAGGGCAAUCUCAAGUGCCAUCACCCUCUGGGCCGAGACAGAAGACAGUCCACGCAGCACAGGAACGAUACCCCUUCCCACGCCCUCAGACACCGUAUCAUGCAGCCAACCACCGACCCCCGCCAUAGAGAGUCCCCUGGGCGGCCUCGUCCCUGCCCAAGACUACUUCCAGACUCCGCAGUUCCUCCUAGUAGAAGACAACCCCAUAAAUCUCAAGAUGCUAACUCAUUUCAUGAGGAAACUCCAAAAGCCCCACCGCACCGCAGUCAACGGGCAGGAAGCGGUGAAUGCGUACAAAGAGACGCCGGGGCAGUUCAAGUGUGUACUCAUGGAUAUAUCGAUGCCGGUGAUGGACGGCCUAGAGGCUACGCGUCAGAUACGAGCCUUUGAGCGAUACAGUGGGAUAGCUGCAUCCAAGAUCUUGGCUAUCACGGGGCUUGGCUCUGAGAGUACACGUGAAGAAGCAACUAGAAGUGGUGUCGAUGUUUUUAUUACAAAACCCGUCAAGUUACGGGAGGAUGCCAAGAGAUGA